CUCUCUGCAAUCGGUUCGUCAUGGAGCUGCUACUCCUGGCUCUUCUUCUCGCACUUCACUUGGCCGGCUCGGAAGUUCUCAAGAUAACCUUUUGGAUUGAGCCCGUUCAGCGGCCGGAAUUCGAUACUGAUAUAGCGAUGGUUCUCAAGCAGUUGGAUGCACUGCAUCUCGAUGUUAAGGUGGCCGAUACCACCCUGACUCUGACCCGUGCGGAAGAUGGCUUGGACAUGCAAAGGUUUUGCGAAAUCAUGUCCACUGCCGGCACUAGUGCCGUGAUCGACCUCACCUACACCCACUGGGAGGAGGGCUACAACCUUGUCCGCUCCCUGGGCAUUGGCUAUGUGCGUCUGGAGCGGAUCUUGCGACCGUUCCUGAACAUGUUCAGUGACUUUAUGCGCCAGAAGCGGGCCAACAACGUGGCCAUGGUGUUCAUGAAUGCCCGCGAUGCCAGCGAAGCCAUGCAGCAGAUGCUAGUCGGCUAUCCCUUUCGGACACUAAUCCUGGACGCCAGUCAGACUUCUCCUGGCCAGAAUUUUCUCGAGCGCAUCCGAUCGCUGCGUCCGGCGCCAUCUUAUAUAGCACUAUUUGCACGCGCGGCCGCCAUGAACGGUAUUUUUGAAAAGGUUGAAAAGGCUGGACUCUUUCAGCGACCGUUGGAGUGGCACUUUGUGUUUUUGGACACUCGGGAUCGGGUGUUUAAGUACAGGCGCCAGGCGGAACUGUGCACCCGGUUCACAUUGAGUCCUCGUGCAAUCUGCCGAUCGAUGCCCAUGCCGGAUCUUUACUGCGGAACUGGAUUCACGAUGCAACGUGCCAUGCUGCUGAAUGUGCUGCGCAGCCUGAUAAAUGCCGCCCAAGUGAAUGCAGUGUAUCCGAUGGCCAUCUACCAGGACUGCAAUGCCACCGCCACAUCAUCGGAGGUGGGUGAUCCGUUGGAGAAGGACGACUACAACUGGCUAGACAUGGUGCACUGGAGCAACUUUCUCGCGUACGCCACGCCUUGGCCACAGAUGCAGGAGCAAUCCCAAAGCCCAAUGCCGGGUCUCACCUUUGCGGUGAACAUAUCGGCCGGGUACUACAGUUCCGAGCACGAGGCGAAGACGGAUCUGGCCGUCUGGUCGUCGGUGGGCGGAAUGCGGCUGUUGAACGAGACCAUCAGUCCGGCGCGCCGAUUCUUCCGGAUCGGCACCGCCGAGAGCCCUCCUUGGAGCUAUCUGCGUCGGGAGGAGCAAACCGGUGAACUGAUGCGGGAUCGCAGUGGCUCGCCCAUUUGGGAGGGCUACUGCAUAGAUUUCAUCACCAGGCUGUCGGAAAAACUGAAUUUCGAGUAUGAGAUCGUGGCACCGGAAGUGGGACACAUGGGCGAGAUGAACGAGCGGGGCGAGUGGGAUGGGGUGGUGGGUGAUCUGGUCCGAGGCGAAACGGACUUCGCCGUUGCCGCACUGAAGAUGUACUCGGAGCGGGAGGAGGUGAUCGACUUUCUGCCGCCGUACUACGAGCAAACGGGCAUAUCCAUAGCCAUCCGGAAGCCGGUGCGCCGCACGUCGCUGUUCAAAUUCAUGACCGUGCUCCGUGUGGAGGUCUGGCUGAGCAUAGUGGCCGCUUUGGUGGGCACGGCCCUAAUGAUCUGGUUCAUGGAUAAGUACUCGCCGUACAGCUCGCGAAAUAAUCGGCAGGCAUAUCCGUAUGCCUGCCGAGAGUUCAGCCUGCGGGAGAGCUUCUGGUUCGCCCUUACUUCGUUCACGCCACAGGGCGGAGGAGAAGCACCCAAGGCCAUUUCCGGACGAAUGCUGGUGGCCGCCUAUUGGCUGUUCGUCGUGCUCAUGCUGGCCACAUUCACGGCCAAUCUGGCCGCCUUCCUAACCGUGGAGCGCAUGCAGACGCCGGUCCAGUCGCUGGAGCAACUGGCUCGACAGUCCCGGAUAAACUACACCGUGGUGAAGGACUCCGAUACGCAUCAAUACUUCGUGAACAUGAAGUUCGCCGAGGACACACUGUACCGCAUGUGGAAGGAGCUGGCCCUGAACGCGAGCAAGGAUUUCAAGAAGUUCCGCAUUUGGGACUAUCCGAUCAAGGAACAGUAUGGCCAUAUACUGCUGGCCAUCAAUAGCUCUCAGCCGGUGGCGGAUGCCAAGGAGGGAUUCGCCAAUGUGGAUUCACACGAGAAUGCCGAUUAUGCCUUCAUCCACGAUUCGGCGGAGAUCAAGUACGAGAUCACUCGGAACUGUAACCUCACCGAGGUGGGAGAGGUGUUCGCCGAGCAGCCAUAUGCCGUGGCCGUCCAGCAGGGUAGUCAUCUGGGCGACGAGCUCAGCUACGCCAUCCUGGAGCUGCAGAAGGAUCGUUUCUUUGAGGAGCUGAAGGCAAAGUACUGGAAUCAAUCGAAUCUACGUAACUGCCCGCUGUCGGAGGACCAGGAGGGCAUCACCCUGGAGAGUUUGGGCGGCGUCUUCAUAGCCACACUCUUCGGCCUCAUCCUGGCCAUGAUUACCCUCGGCAUGGAGGUGCUCUACUAUAAGAAGAAGCAGAACGCUCCUGAGAUAACCCAGGUGCGUCCGGUGGAUGAGUCGUCGGGGUCCGUAGGCAAUUCCUUAACAGCUCCACCCACUGCAACCAGCACCACAAAGCAGGCAUGGCACAUCCCUGUGCCGGAGGCGGAGGAGAAGCCACCGAAGGUGUCGCCACCGCCCUCCUUCGAAGCUGCCACAUUUAGGGGCAAGAAACUCCCGGCCAGGAUCACCUUGGGCGAUGGCAAGUUUAAGCCGCGCCAAGGACUGUACUCAAGGAGGAACCUCGGUACCUCCGACUCCCAGAGUGGCUACAUGGAGUGAGGAGGCCCACAUGGUCGACCACACAAGCAAAUAUUUUUUCUUUCU